AGGAGCAUGUGCUGCCAGGUGGCGUUGGGACGUUCAGCAUCAGGCAAGUGACUGACGCUCAGCUGAGGGAAGCAUCGGUCGCUGCCUCCAUGGUGGAGAUGGCACACGCGGCAGGAUCAAGUGCUACUGUUCGUGGUGCUCCGUCUACAAUGUGGCAAGAUUCCGGCAUUGAUAAGAGAUCUAGAGCGUCGAGAGCAGAGGGGAGGAGCAGUGGCAGCAGUGCCGAUCAGGAGCCCAACAGCCCGAGGUCAAAGCAUUCCGCUACGGAGCAGCGGCGGAGGACCAAGAUAAAUGACAGGCUUGACGUGCUUCGGGAACUCCUGCCGAACUGCAAUCAGAAAAGGGAUAAAGCUUCUUUCCUUCUAGAGGUUAUCGAAUACAUAAGGCACUUGCAAGAGAGAUGCCACAAAUAUGAGUCUGCUGUUCCAGACAAGAAUCACGUGGAUGCCAAAUCAAUGCCAUGGGACAAAGUGUACUACAGAUCACGAUGGAUGAAUGCACAGAACAUCAGUCAAGUCCAAGGAGGAGGUUUAUCAACUACUGGAGAAAACAUGAACAAAGAACAGCACAGUUCCAAGAGCAUUACAGCUGCACCUGCUCCUCUCUUCAGCACACAAAGUGUAAGAGAAACUAGCACGACCGCCAGUUCCUCCCACAAUAUAACAGAGAAUGGUAUGCCUAGCAAUCAGCCACCGUGGCUGAGUAUGUCAACCAUGAACCAGAACUGUGAUGCAAGCAACAGAACUCUAAGCAAACACGAGCCACCAAGUCAUCACAGUAACAGUCAGAGUCUUUCUAGUGCUUACUCCCAAGGGUUGUUGUAUAAACUGAAAGAAGCACUACAGAAGUCAGGAGUAGAUCCAUCUCAGGCUAACAUAUCUGUAGAGAUCAAUAUGGACAGACGGGCACGGGCCAAUGCUCAUACAGAUGACAAUUCAAAGGCUAACGAAGGCAAAGAACCUAUCCACAUAGCCAAGAGGCUCCGGUGCGACAGAAGCUAGAUCUCUGUCCCAAACUAGACAGCCCAUUCAUCGCAAAGUUCAGACCAGGACUUUGCAGCAGCAAACUA